AAAAAAAAGGCAAAUGACAGCACAAUGGAAGAACAGGUUUUUCAUUGUUUUGCUUUCGCGCUUCGUGCGACUCUGAGUGAGUGAGUGAGCGAUCGAUCGAUCGAGUGACUGAGUGAAUGAGCGAGUGACAGACCUUGUCGAGGAAGUCUUUCUCUUUUCUCUGCAAAGUGCAACCAAACCAAACUCCGACCACCGAUCAUUUUCUCUUUGGUUUUCUUGAGCGUUUCUCCCAAUGAUGGUGGCAGGAAGGAAACAACAGACUUUCAUAGCUAAUGGGAAUGUGCCUUUUACUCCAAAUGAGGCCAACACUUCUGUUGUUUCCAGAAAUUUGAGGAAGAAUCAGCUUGGUGGUGUCAUAUUCGGGUGCAAGAAUGCCACCUACAAAGAGUGUCUAUUCAAACAACUUUUUGGAUUACCUGCUCAACACUUUUCGUACGUGAAGAACAUUGAUCCAGGAUUGCCAUUAUUUCUGUUCAACUAUAGUGAGCGAAAAUUACAUGGAAUCUUUGAGGCUGCUAGCCAUGGUCAGAUGAACAUUAACCCCUAUGGAUGGACUACUGAUGGUUCGGAGAAAACACAAUAUCCUGCACAAGUUCAGAUUCGUGUUCGACAGCAGUGCCAACCAUUGCUUGAAGAACAGUUUAAACCUAUUAUUGCAGACAAUUACUACUGUCGCAAUCAUUUCUGGUUUGAGCUAGACCAUGUUCAAACAAGUAAAUUGGUGUCCUUAUUGGCAUCUUUAGCUGUUUCUCCAAGCACUUAUCUGCCUCACAAUGCAGCAAAGUGGAGAAAUAUUUUCCAGCCUCUUCCUUCAUCUGGUACAAAGAUGGAAGAUGAAGGGUUUAGGCCACUUGCUCCUGUGGUGGAGCAUGCUAAUCACACAAAUGCAAAAUGGGAUAGAGAUGUUUUCGUUGAUGAAACAAAAGUAGCAGAUGAGCAUUUUAGUCAGUCAAGUGGAAAAUCAGAUGCCACUGACUUCACUCCUUUUGAUCCACUAGAAACUAAUGUAGAUGCAAAGACAACAACACAUGGCGAGAAAGAAUUUAUAUUGAUUAAACUGCAAGAACUGGCUCAAAAACGAACAGAACAAGAUGUUUCUUUGAUGGAUAAUGUUGAAGAUUCCAUGGUUAUGAAAGAGGCACGCUUAGAAGAUGGGACUUUCUCAAGGGGGCAAACGGAUUUGGUGCAGAAGAAGGAAAAUGGUGCCUGUUCAUCAUCUAGUUGUCAAUCCAGUAUAGCUAAGUUUAUUCAAGGGAUGGAAGAACUGAGGACAUUUAAAACAGAACAAUGUGAGAAGAUGAUUCAAAUGGAGCAAAAACUGGUUGCAGCGGAAAUGGAAAUUCAACGACUAAAAGAUCGUUGCCUGAUCUUGGAAUCUUUAUCCAAUCAGUCUGUGGAGCAUAUUAAUGUAAAGGAAAUUGAUACCUCUGAUGAGUUGCAACUGGAUCCUACCAAGUCAAUAUUUUUAGUGGGAGGGUACAAUGGUGCAUUGUGGUCAUCAGCACUGGAUUCUUAUUUCCCAUCUCAUGAUGUGAUAAAAUCUGUUCAGCCAAUGAGUUCUGUGCGUUCAUAUACUUCAGUUGUACAGCUGAAUGGCGAGUUCUAUGUCUUUGGUGGUGGUGAUGGUUUUUCAUGGUAUGAUACAGUCGAAUCAUACAACCCAUCAAGUAAUCAGUGGACCCCUGGCCCUUCCCUAAAGCAGCCAAAGGGAAGCUUAGCUGGAGCUGCAUUGGAUGACAAAAUAUUUGCCAUUGGUGGCGGUAAUGGGAUUCAAUGCUUUUCAGAUGUUGAAAUGCUUGACUUAAAUGUUGGACGAUGGAUCAACACACGCUCAAUGCUACAAAAGCGAUUCGCACUUGCUGCCGUGGAACUUAAUGGUGCAAUUUAUGCGACUGGUGGAUAUGAUGGGAGUGAUUACCUGAAGUCUGCUGAAAGAUUUGAUCCCAGAGAGCAUUCAUGGACCAAAAUUGCAGGCAUGAGCACAAAGAGGGGCUGCCAUUCACUGGUUGUUUUUAAUGAAAAUCUAUAUGCUAUUGGUGGCUAUGAUGGUACUGAAAUGGUUCCAAGCGUUGAAAUAUUCGAUAUGCGUAUGGGAUCAUGGAUGAUUGGGGAACCAAUUAACCAGGCGAGGGGAUAUGCAGCAGCUGCUGUUGUUGAUGGAUCGAUAUACGUUAUUGGAGGCCUGAGAGCUGGUGAAGACAUUGUAGAUUUGGUAGAAUGUAUGGAAGCGGGUGGAGGCUGGCAAGUGAAAAGCAGCAAGGCUGUUGGGAAGAGGUGCUUUCUGUCAGCUGUUGUUUUGAAAUCAUAAACAUAUAUAUAAUUGGGGAAGUACUUAUUAGUUGCGAUUGAUGACACAAUAACAUUAAUCUCACCUAAAUUU